CACGAGCGAGCGUCUCUGGUCAGUAAACAUGGCCGUCCGAAGUUGUCGGUGGAUAUGGGACAGCAGCCGUUUGCUCUGUUUUAUCCCAUUUCUAUUCAUCAUUUCAUCAUUAAAUGGAGUUAACGCCGCUCCAGAGAUGGGAAUGUGGACUAUUACAGUGCUUAAUACAUCAAGACCUUUAUUGUUAAGAAAAUCCAUGUAUAAGGGCACUGACAUUGAACUAAAAGUGACAUCAUUUGGUUGCCCAGACGAAGUGACGUUCAACAUUCAGUGGUUUUUGAAGCAUUACCCAUGUCACAAUGAGUACAACAAUAUUGAAGAAAUGUAUGAAAAGACGCCACUGAGUCGAGGCCGGAGUAUGGACCCGAACCCUCUCGGACCCGGAGAGUAUAUUCAGCACAAAUACAGGGCAUUUUCCUGCCGCAGUGACAUGCACAUCUUCCCUAUGUUCAAUAAAUCAAAAGCAGAACCGAAAACACUGAAAACAGUUGCAGCGGAUGGCGAGUUCCAGGAAGGCAGUUUCACAAGUUCUCCUGUUGCCGAGGCCGAAGCAAAGGAAAAUGUGAUUGCUACGACCUGGAGGGAUGGGCCCUUCCUGCUGGUGGUGUCAAUCAAUCCAAACAAACAAGAUGUCAACUGGAAUUUAACUUUCAGUGUUAUGAUGAAGGGAACCCACGGCUUUCUCUCUGUCACUGAAUGGCCUCUCAUGAUCUUCUACAUGGUGAUGUGUAUGGUGUACAUUUUGUACGCUCUGCUCUGGUUCGUCUGGUCGUCCUGCUACUGGAAAGACCUGCUGAGGAUCCAGUUCUGGAUUGCAGGAGUCAUAUUUUUGGGGAUGAUAGAGAAGGCCGUCUUCUGUGCUGAAUAUCAGAACACUAACAACGUGGGAUCUGCAUCUCAGGGUCUUCUGAUCUUUGCCGAGCUCGUCUCCGCUCUGAAGAGGACUCUGGCCCGUUUGCUCGUCAUCAUCGUCAGUCUUGGGUACGGCAUUGUCAAACCACGUUUAGGCACCGUCAUGCACAGAGUGGUGGGUCUGGGUGUGCUUUACUUCUCAUGUGCUGCAAUUGAGGGCGUUCUGAGGAUCACUGGGGGUCGAAAUAAUGGACCAGCCCUCAUCACUUAUGUUAUACUAGCUAUGUUUGAUUCUUCGGCCAUCUGGUUCAUAUUUGUCAGUCUGGCACAAACCAUUAAGACUCUAAAGCUCAGGAGAAACCCAGUGAAGUUGUCUUUGUACAGACACUUCACCAACACGCUCAUCUUUGCUGUUCUCGCCUCCAUCAUUUUCAUGGUUUGGACAACAAAGAAGUUCCGGUUAUCCGACUGCCAGGCGGACUGGAUGGAGCUGUGGGUGGACGAUGCUUUCUGGAGGUUCCUCUUCUCCAUCAUUCUGCUGGUCAUCAUGUUUCUGUGGAGGCCGUCUGCCAACAACCAAAGGUAUGCGUUCACGCCGCUCAUUGAUGACUCGGAUGAUGAGGAGAUUGAAGAGUUCCUGGUGUCUGCAAAUAUUGCUGAUGGAAUAAAGUUGAGAGCAGCGAAGACAGAAACCAAUGGAACAGUGAAGCCUGCAGCUGCUAAUCCGGAUGAAGACUUGAAGUGGGUGGAGGACAAUAUUCCUACCUCUCUUUCUGAUGUAGCUCUUCCUGUUCUUCUCGACUCAGAUGAGGAGAUCAUGACCACCAAGUAUGAGAUGUCUAAAAUGGAGUGAGGAUGCGAAAGCAAAGCUCCAGAGAUCAACCAAACCGCUGUUCCUAUCACUGGCAUCUGACCCUCACCAGAGAGCCACAGACUCUUCCUCUGGUCCGUUUGGUUGGUGGAUUUUGGGAACAUUGAAAGAAUCGUGCUGAAGAGGUGGACGCAUUCUAGAUGAUCUAGACGCCGUACUACCUGAACUUUAUGUGAGGUGAUACCUCUUUUUUUCCUGAACUGUUCAAACGUCCAGAAGACUUUAAAGUCAACAUUGAUCUGUAUAAAGUGACGACGGUCUAUGUUUCUAAACUUUCGUGAUGACAUACCUGUCAAAAUUAUGAGCAACUGAUCAUAUGCAGAGAUAAUGUAUUAUUUAAAUGGGUUUGUUUUGUGUGAGUGUCAUUUGAUAUUGAAAAACAUUGAUAAGGAACCUCAAGUUGACCAAAGCGUCGUCUUCAUUUCUUUGGCUGUUUAUAAAGUGUUAUUUCAAACAUUUUGUCUAUAAUUUCAGCACAUGAUGUGAAUAGUAGAAUGUCUGUCGGUGUGUCGAAUUUGUAUUUGUGCAGGGAGUAAUUUAAAUACGCAGAAUGAUUCUUAAUUUUUCAUAAAUAUUCUGAAUAAUUGUAUGAAGUUGUUUUUUGUUUUGCACAGAGCCCAGCUCAACAAUCGAAAUUGUUAUUAUUUAUUUGGCCUCAUAUUUGUUCCGUGAAAGUUCUGAAAGAAAAUUUAGUAGUGCAUACGACUUGUGCAAGUCUUCUGAAAUCGUAUGAUAGCUUUGUGUGAGGAACAGAGCUAAAUUUAAGCAAUUAUUGGCCAAAAACCUUCGUCUUUGCAGCAUUCUCUUACACCAUGCAAUCUAAAAACUUUUGUGAAUGAGAUUUAAGAGCAGUGAAUAACUUAUAUUUUGGUCUGUUCCUCACAAAACUAUUGAGUUGGAAUAUAGCGCAUGAGAUGCCUUUUUUGAGCUUGAACUUUGGUUGUAGGCAACGAAGUAGCAUAAAGGCUCGCAGCUUUUGCAUUUCAUGGAAGAAAUCUAGUUAUAUGGGUUUGAAACAACAUUUCAACAAAGUCAUUUUUUGGUGAAAUAUUCCUUUACAUGUUUGUUUUUCUUUUUGAGGAAAAGCGUAUGACUCUUGGAUCUGUGUGUAGAUGCAUACUGAAGCCUUAACACACUUCUGUUCUUGAGUUUUGUUCUGCAGUAGCACAGUAAAAUCGGCCCUGGUCUCGGUUGGACAUUCUGUGACAUGUCCGCUUAACAGAACGAUGUGUGCUUUACCUUGCAGGAUGACUGUUAAAC